AUGCACAGGCCUUAUAAGGAAAAACAGACAUGCACCUUGUACAAGCGAGGUUCAUGCAUUUUCAGGAUUCCGAAAGAUGGCAUCAAAAUCCGUGCCUGGGACUCGCCAGGCCUGCAAGACGGAACUGGCGAUGAGAAGUACUUACAAGACAUGCAACAAAAAUGCACUCAAAUUGAUCUGAUGCUGUAUUGCAUUUCAAUGGAAGAAAUGCGAAGUGAUUUCCAAGCUGAAGGACGGAGUAGAAGAACGAAUCACAGAGUGGCGAGAGACGAUACAAAAAACCUAGAGGUCGAUAAGAAGAUUGUUGAUAGUAUCCUUGUCGUACCAGCUGGUCAUCCAAAUAAGUUAAAUCUUCCUGGUUACAGACAUUGGAUCAGCAAUGUGUGGAGUCAGUGCCUACUCCGUAUGAAAAGCAACGCACAAGCUGCUUUGAUUAAAAUGGAAACACAGGAUGCAGAAAAGAUUGGUAUUAAAAGUUAGUGCAGAUGAAUGAAAAAUCGUUUUUACUCCUGGUGUAAAGCUUACAAUGGGUGUUGCUCUAACUGGAAUUGCUGCAACUGGGGUGGGAAUUAGGCGCUGCGAUUGGAGGAACAAUUGGUGCGUUGGCAAUUGGUAUACCGUCUUUUGGUAUGGCAGCUGCAUGGUGCUGGCUUGGGACUAGGUGCUGUUGUUGGUGGGGCAAUCGGGGGUAGAAUCGCAAUUGGAGUUGGUGCUCUUAUCUCCUUGUAUCGUAAACACAAGAUGAGUCUUGAGGAUUAGAAACAGCUAAACUUUUAGUUAGUAAAUUAGCAGUGUGGUAGCACACCCACUCUGGGUACUAUAUAUGUGUUACUACAUACAUUUACUGUGUGGUUGUCUAAUCUAUAAUGAUAUCCAGUACUCACAAUAAUAAUUAUUCCAAGCAAAGCGAGGCUCUAAUCGGUUCAUGUUGAGAUUUUGGAGAAACAAAAGUGGACGACGUCGGACACUUCAAGAGAAGUAGUGGCUCUGGUUGCUUAAUAAUAAAUUAUUAAUGUUACAUAUGGUGAGCCUUUUGUUUCAAAAUGGCGAUACAAAAUACCAUGUGUUGGUGUCCCAAAAAUCAACUCGAUUUGUUUUAUCAACUCGAUUUUAUCGACUUCA